AAUGCUGUUCAGAGAUCCCGAAACUUCCCGCGCCUUCACCUCUUUGUUCUGUACCCUGUCUUUUCCUUUUCCUCAAUUUAGCACUCUUUCUUUGCUAUUCCAGAAGGCAUUGUUCGGCACUGUACUAACGGCAAUCAUCAAGCGCCGAGAAACGACACCAUGUGUUGAUCAAGAGGCAAACGGUCGAACACGAGGAAAAAGAGGCAAAGAAUUUCACGCUGUAUCCACCCUUCAAGAAACCCUUGUUUGGUACACGCGAGUCACUUGGAAGGAAGUCGAUGCGAGAAUAGCGCGCACAAGAGUUUCCCAUGAAGCCAAAAAUGUGCUCACACGAGCUGACGGAUG